AUGGUCUCACCAGAGCCGAUCCGAUCUCGGGUCACGCCAUACUUGGUUUACCUCGUGUUUAUCACAACAUUAGGACCACUCCAAUUCGGUUAUCAUCUGGCCGAACUUAAUGCCCCUCAGGCGGUGAUCACCUGCGAGCGGAAGAGUAUCCAUAUCUCCACCAAUGCCGUCUCUCUACCACAAUGUAUCCCAAUGAACGCUUCGCAAUUCGGCCUGGUGUCAUCAAUCUACACCCUUGGCGGACUCUUGGGAGCCCUGCUGGCAGGGCCAGUCGCCACCAAACAUGGUCGUCUCUUUGCUCUGCGAGCAACCACUCUCUUCUUCAUCCUGGGGCCUGUGGCUGAAACAUGCGCAUCCAACAUCCCCCUUCUAAGCCUGGGCCGGCUGCUGUCCGGCAUUGGAGCAGGAGCUGCGAUUGUCGUCGGCCCCAUCUACAUUUCAGAAAUCGCCCCACCCAGCGCCAGAGGUUUCUUUGGUGCCUUCACGCAGGUCAUGACCAACGUCGGCAUCCUGUUGACCCAGUCCCUCGGAUACUUCCUAAGCGAGGGCAGCAAAUGGCGAGUGAUUCUCGCCAUUGCCGGCUUCAUCGGAGCCCUCCAGCUCCUCGGUCUCACCCUAGUUCCAGAAAGCCCCACCUGGCUCGCCGAGCACCAAAAGAGCAGUCUAGCCAGACAAGUCCUCCAACGGCUUCGCGGAAAGGACGCAGACAUCGAAGAGGAAAUCGAAGGAUGGCCAUCCUCAACAGGACGACCAACAGAUGGCUCCGGCGAAGAGCAAUCGCUACUCACGCCACCAUCCGGCAACAUGCCACCCAAACAGCCCCCCGUCACAAUCUUCCACGCCAUCACUAACCCAUCCUACCGACCAGCCAUCAUCGCCGUCGUCGGCGUAAUGGUCGCUCAACAAUUCACCGGCAUCAACAGCAUCAUCAUGUACAGUGUCUCCCUAUUACAAAAUAUCCUCCCCACCACCGCCGCCCUCCUAACCGUAAUCAUCUCCGCCAUCAACCUCAUCAUCACCCUCGCCUGCUCCCCGCUCCCCGACAAAAUCGGCCGUAGAUCCUGCCUUCUCCUCAGCAUCAGCGGCAUGGGAUUCAAUUCCAUGCUCCUAGCCCUAGGCAUCUACUUCAACCAGAAGGUUCUCUCCGCCAUCGCCGUCCUUCUCUUCGUCUCUUGCUUCGCCGUCGGCCUAGGCCCCGUUCCGUUCAUCCUUGCCUCGGAGCUCGUCGGUCCCGAAGCCGUCGGCGCCACGCAAAGCUGCGCUCUAGCUGCCAACUGGAUCGCCACUUUCGUGGUGGCGCAAUUCUUCCCCAUGUUGAAUGAUGCUCUUGGCGGCCGUGGCAAGAUUUACUGGGUUUUCACCGGCAUGGCUUGUCUCCUUGGUGGGUUUAUCUAUUGGCGUGUUCCGGAGACGAAGGGGAAGACUAGUGCAGAUGAGGUCUGGGGGAGAGAUGAUCGUCGACGACGGGAUUGA